AUGGAUGGGUACCCGCCAGCCUACGUGGCUCAUAACAUACCCCUUUUGGUCGUUUCUGGUCUGGGCUACGGCACCGAGGAGGAACUCAAGCUCAAGCUCAAGGAUGAGAGCAGGAUAAUUUCAGAAGUGCCGUCGCUGGUCACCGAGGAUGCCCUCACACUGCUACAGCUCUUCAAGGACGGAGAUGCUUCUGAUCUGGCAUGGAACGCGCGGGAGCAUAGUGGGAGGAACAAAUUUCGAGUGAAGACAGUCGGAAGGGAAUACAUGUUACCAACCCGCAGCGCUCAACUCUCUGCUCAUUUCCAGACUCCAAGUCCAAUCACGAAACCAGUCCUUCACUCUGCAUUGUCGCCUCUAAGUCCUCCUUCGAAACUGUUCCCAGACGGCCUGUUUACCAGCGACUGGAUCGACAAGCACCAAGACCAGGUCCCCAGCGCCUUCAUAUCAUUCUAUACGUUUACUUCUGAUCCAAAGCUAUCUACAUCAAAUGACAACCAGCUGAAGACGGAUAUAAACAACAUCAAGAAGACGCUGAGCCAAUCUGGUUACAAGACUCGUCUAGUAGUUGCUCUGCUCAGCGAAAAAUCCAUCGUGCAGUCUCCAGACGUGGAAGAGCGUCUUGCCAGUAUUCGCAAGGCUACGGGGCUGGACUCGAAGACCGCAAUUUUCUUCUUGCCUCCGCAAAGCUCGGCAGUUGAGCUGCAAGCAUUUGUCGAUACGAUCGUCACCACUAUAUAUCCCAUAUGUAUCGAAUACUACAGGGAUCUUAGCAAACAUUCCAGAAGGAAACGGAACCGAGGAGUUAUUCCUCCACCAACACUUCCCCCAACGUCAGGCACCUCCCAGACGUUGCCCAGCCAAGGCUGGAAUGUUCGAUAUGAUUUCAAGUUGGGAGUUUUUGCAGAAUUUCGACAGGAGAUGGACUCAGCUGUAAGGUCAUAUGAGAGUGGAUAUGAAGCAUUGCUUGGGCCCGAUGUUCUUGAGGCAAUCGCAAGCUGGAGCCCGCGAUGGAACGAAGCUCGACUAUUAGCCGAUAUUUUCGCUCUUCGGAUCUUGCGUUGUUUACUUUGGAAUGGGAAUACGACAGCAGCUGUCCGACGCUGGCAAAUGCAUCGGGAGAGGAUACGAGAUUUCGUUGAUCGCAGGGGCAAAGGAUCUUCAACAUAUGGCUGGGAGGCAUGGGAAGCGCGGUGGGCGACAGUGAUGGCUGAAAUGAUCCAGAAAGUCUCCAUUGUUGAAUUUGGAGGCCCUUCGACAUUCUUGCAAGCAGAGAAGAGCAUUGUAAUUGGUGAACGUAUACAGCCAUGGGAAUACCUACACCACCCAGGGUACUGGUUCAAAUCUGCUUUAGUGCAUUUAAUAAAUCGAAGGGUGCGGGCUCAGGCCAUCCCAGAAGAAGACAGGAAUCCUCCUGGGUCAUCACCAGCGUCCUCGAUUGCCAACAAGGCAUAUACGUACGAUACAUACCUCUGCCCGGAACCUCACGACGAAAUGCCACGCUCUGGACGCCCAGGAGUCGAUCAUUCUGCCCUCAUAAUCGAUGUACUGACGAAAGCCAUAUCUGAAUUUCAAAAAAGAGGUCAGUCCCGUCUCGUUCAGGAAUUGCAUCUUCAGUCGGCAAAGGAGAGCAUGAAGCAAGAAAAAUGGGAUGAUGCAGUGAGGAUACUUCGCCCAUUAUGGCAGAAAAUGUCAUUCAGGGCAGAGGGCUGGUGGAACGCGGCCGAAGAAAUCAGUUGGGCUCUGAGAAAAGCUGCUGCAUGUGCUGGUGAUGGCGGAUCCAUUGUUGCCGUGGACUGGGAGCUGAUGAACAGAAGCUUCACACAUCAUCCCAGUUGGCGAUAUGACCUCUCAAAAUCCCUGGAGGGGCUGGACACCAUCAAAGCUAAGCCUGCUGUGGUGUUGCAUAGCAACGAGAUCCAUUCGUUUCUCUCUGCGACAUACACGUUCGAGCACGCGGAGGGCAAAGUUGGGGAACUGUGCCCUUCACAGUUGGUAGUCACCUCAGUUGCUAUACCGACGGCUGCCUCGGUGACCAUUUCUGAUAUCAAGAUCACUUUUAAUGGCAGCAUGAAGCCCGUGGUAUUGUCACACCGUGCUAUCGAUGAUGGACUAGAUCAGUCCCCAGUUGUUGCGCUGCAAUCAGUGCCGUUGACGGAGGCGACACCAGACGAACGAUCAGUUCUCAUAGGACAUGCAAGCCUUGUAUUUGGACCUGGUCAGACGAGAAUAUUCGAGUUUAGCACUGUGCUAAGAGAAGAUGGCGAGGCAAAAGCCAUUUCAGCAACCUUCUCUAUGGCCACUGAUCACUUUGAUCUUGAGUAUGUCAACACCUUUGAUCAGAAAAUUGCUCCAGAUGUGUGGUGGGGGGAGACGUCUAUCAAGAAGAGGGUCGUUCGACUUGAUGCCACAGCCAUAACUAUUCUCCCCAAACCGCCCAAGAUCCAGCUCCGAAUUGUUGGAAUGCAAGAACAGUAUUACACAAACGAGCAAAUUGUCUUGAAGGUUGAAGUUACCAAUGGGGAAGAUGUUGAGUCGAUAGUCAACCUUGAAGUCCGCUUAGUUGGGGACGAUGUGCCGACUGUCACCUUGAAACUCGAUGACAAAGAAAAUAAUGAAAUUACAGAGUUAGAAAGUGGCAACCAACUUGCUGGAACGCCAAUUGGCAGGAUUGCUAGCACGGCCGCAACGAUCGUGGAUGUCGUCAUUCCAGCACUCGACUUACCGGCGGUCUACGAUCUGUCUUUGAAAGCAGCAUACAACCUUGUCACCGAUCUGGAAACACCAGUCUAUCAGUCCAUGGCCACACAGCUCGAAGUCAUCAACCCCUUUGAAGCAAAUUAUGACUUCUCCCCUCGAAUCCACCCGGACCCCUGGCCCAGUCUCUUCACCCACGAAGAAGUAGAAGCAGCGACCGACCCCCAAGAAGUAAAGGCGCAAGGUCUAGCACAAAAAUGGUGCUUAACAGCUCGCUAUGCCUCUUUUGCAAGAGACGAGCUAAUCGUCAACGACGUCGACGUCGAGGUUUUGGGCUCGAACGGCGGCAUUCAAUGUUAUACCAAGAAACUCACCAGUAUUCCCUCGACCGGGUUACGCGUUUCCCCAAAGAGUUUAGACGAAGCCCAAUUCGAUACCUUCACGCAGAAGAUCUCCCUCGAUGACCGCGGUACCGCAACCCUCGAUGUCUCCCUCGCCAUCAAAUGGCGACGCUCCAACCGUGACUCCACCUCUGCAUCUCCAAUCAACACCACCAUCCUCGCCGUUCCACGGCUCCUCGUCUCGAGCAGUGAACCCAGAGUCUUAGCUGCAGUCUCCUACAGCAACAAAAUCGCCUCCAUGAUCCACUUCGACGUCACAAUCGAGAAUCCCUCCAACCACUUUCUAACCUUUGGACUGACCAUGGAACCGAGCGAGAAGUUCGCCUUCUCUGGCACCAAGCAGAGUACGCUACAGCUCGUGCCGUUAUCCAGACGCACGGUGGGUUUUAGACUCCUGCCGACCGUGAGGGGCGAGUGGGUUGGCCCGAUCCAGUGCGUGAUUCGGGACAGAUAUUUUCAGAAGGUGCUUAGGAUCGCUCCGACUGAGGGGAUGAAGAGCGAGAAGGAGGGGCUCUUGGUGUGGGUGCCUGCUGAGGACGAGUUUUGA